UUGAAUUCAGUACAGAGACAUUUAUUUGAAAGUUUAAAUAUCAAAUGACAUAAUAACAAAUAAAAAAAGGCAAAUAACAGAGACACGCCUAAAACAUCAACAUAUACAAUGCUAGCAAUAAAUGCUAUUUGUGUAUUGCAAAUCAUAUUCCGAUAAAAACUGUUGGUUAAUGACAAAAGAUAUUAGAAUGACAAUGGCGUUAUAAUAUGGAAAUCGUUUUACUAGCUUAAUCAGGAGUGGUUUCAAUGUGACUCUACUUUAAUAUAUAUUCUUCAUAUAGACAGAAAAAACUGAAUGAAUGAAAGCGUUUGGGAGUUGAAAUAAUGUGGUGCUUUACCUGUCUGGAAAUUAUGGAGCGUGCAAACUGAAGAAAUAGUUCAAAGUGAAGUACAGAACAUUCAUAAAGACACAAAUCACAUCUCCAGCUUUUGACCAAGUCCGUUGUCUCCCGACAGUAUGACGGAAACAAAUACUACUAGUAUUACAUGUGAAUAUCGUGCUAAUUACACCUGUUGGAAGGAAUCAGCAGACGAAUUCAACCGGAAGUGGGCAAACCUGAUGAUUCCGGUAGAAAUCAUGAUGUGUUUAUUUAUGAUUGCUGGAACAUUGGGAAACGUUUUAGUGUUGGUUGUGUAUUCCUACCGACGUCACAAAACAACGGCCAAUAUUUUCAUCAUGUAUCUAGCUGGCAUCGAUCUCACGGCAUGUGUUGUUUUGCAUCCAUACAUCAUAUUCAAGCUGUUCAACAAUUAUGACCAAACUUGGACAGGAGUUUGCAAAUGCUUUGAAUAUUUUAUUCACUGCAGUUUGACGUUGUCUGGAUUUAUGUUAUUUCUGGUUGCUGUUGACAGAUAUUUAGCAAUUUGCCGCCCAGUGAAAUUUCUUCUUUUUGACAAACACGUUGUGAAAUUAAUUGCGUCAAUGACAGUAGCGUCGGUGAUCAUUAGCCUGCCAAUCUUAGAAUUCUAUGGGGCAACUCCGGAAGUAUCUGAAUUUAGCUCUUCGUUUACUGGUUAUAAGUGUCAUUUGAGAAAACAGUAUCAGAAUUCAGCACUUCUGACAGCAUUUGGGGCAUUUAUCAUGUGUGGAUUUCUUUUUGAGAUCAUACUGCUGGCGGGUUUAUACAAGAAUGUGGCUGUGACCGCAUAUCGGAGCAGGCGUGUCGUACCGGCAUUAUCAAAUGCUCAUGUUCUAGCUGGAAUAAAACCUUCAUCUUCAAACACCGAUACUCAAACAUCAUUUCUAAACAGAGGGCCAAAUAGUAGUGGUAUAAGCAGCUUGUCUGCACAGCAAAAUCCUCAACAAAAUGGACCAUCAUUUGAUGGUGUAUUCCGCAAUAGAAAUAGAGAAAAUAAAUAAAAUUAUUUACGUUUUUCGCUGUUACUAGUAUGUGGUUGCUAGUCUAUUUUUUUCAAGGUUUGAUAGUUUCGCGCUUCUUUGUUUCGAUUGAGCGAUUUUCUAUAGCGUUAUGUAUUGGGGAUUUCGCCUUUGUCAAUCACUCGAGGCUAGGUAUUUGGCAGUUACACACCGAAGUUGUUUUUGUUGCAUACUAAAUGUCGGCCGAGGAAAAUUCACCACGCCGAAAUUCUCGUCGCUCACCAGAUAGAAAUCGUCAUUCAGAAUCUGAGAUUUUCAAUGAGCUGAAAGGUUAUUUUGACGACAAGUUCGACACCCUGAAAAGAGAUGCGGAGUGGAUGACGGACACAUUUGCAAAAAAGGUAAAGAAAGAUCAUUCUUUAUCUUUUAAAAAACUUUGCUAACAAAAGACAAUACGAAUUCAAUAUCACGUUGUUAGAUAAUGUAGAAAGCAUUGAGAGAGCAGUUAAUUUGAGACAAGCAGACAAGGCGCUAAAAUUCACUGAAGAACUUAAAACUGCUAUUGCCCACAGGAAUAAGGUCAUCCGUAUUGCAGAUAGUUCGGAUGCAGGCUGGGCUACCAUCGCAGAAUAUGAAAAGCUUGAUGUCGCAGACAAUUCCGAUGAUGAUCGCAAAAUCCGGCGCGCAGAGGAGCGUGCUAAAAAGAAGCUUGAAAGUAAAAAAUCUGUUAACAUGUCUUCUGAUACUUUUCGUUCCUCAACCUUUAAAAGCAGUUCAGCAG